AUGUCAAAUUAAGAGAUCAAUGAACUUCCCCCAUUGAAAGUUAAUGUACCGUCAUUCCUUUUAAAAACUUAUGAAAUACUUGAAGUAAUAAAUUCGUAUCAUAUUUAGAAUUCAACACUCUCCCAUAUAAUUGGAUGGAAUCAUGAAGGAAAUGCAUUCAUAGUAUUCAAUACAAAUGAAUUGUCAUCCAAAGUAUUAGCCAAUUACUUUAAACACAAAAAUUACCCAAGCUUUUUAAGGUUAUACUGCUUUUCACAAUAGAUAGUUGAAUAUGUACAACUUUAAGAAAACUAAAAACUAAUAUGGAUAAAGUGAAUUCAGACAUAAAUGGUUUAGAAGAGGCCUCAAGUAUCAAUCUCAACAUUUCUAUAAAUAGAAGUAUGCUCCAAUACAUCCGUAGAAGAAAUCAAGAAGAAUCUGAACAAAAAAUAGAAACAAAAGACAAUAAUCAAGAACUUGAAAACUAUAAACGAGAGCAUGAAGAGAUGAGACAAAUAGUGAGAGACAUUUAAGUUACGUAAACAAAAAUGUAAGCUGAUUUCACAACUUCUGUUGAAUCAAACACCACUGUCAGCCGUUCAAAUAACUAAGUUUUAUAAGUAAUGUGGUUAUCCAUAAUUAAAGAGUCUUAAUCAAAUGCAAUAAUAGUUUAAUAAAAAAUUUGACACAAUUUCAAUACUUCUAGCUAAAAUUGUAUCUAACCUCCCUUAAAUUUGUAAUAAGUUUAUUCAUAAUAAUAGCAAUUUAGAUCGGAGACAUUCUCAAAAAUUCUUAUGAAGAACCUUCCCCUGGCAGAUCUGAAUCUAAUUACGUCAUACCAUAUAACGAAAAUAAUUAAUACAAUACAAUAGGAUCACCUUAUUCACAUUAUUAAUAUAACAGUCCUAUUCAUUACCUAUUCUCAAGAUAGAAUUAAUGUAAAAUAAUUAAUAAUAAAAGAAUUUUAAGAAUUCUGUUUUUAGUUUGAUCCCAAUGUUUUCUCAUAUAAUCGCCAACAUCAGUAAUAACAAUUAGCAUUACCUGCUCCAAAUAUUAAUUCUUAUUUGCGUAUAAAUCAAAUAUCUAACAUUUAAUAGCCAGCAAUAAUUACUCACUGUAAUCAAGUCUUCAGAAUUCACCAUACAGAAUAGCUAGUCCAUCUCAUACGUCUACAACAGAUUCUAAAGAUCCAGAAAAAGUAAUUUCUUUAAUUUACAUUUUAUAUAGUUCAGUCUCUAUUAACAAGCUUGAAACUAUUGAUAUGCU